CCCCGCUCGCCGUCUGACAUUACCAUUUGUGUGUGUGGGCCGAGCAUGUCCUUGCCGCCCACAUUGCGGAACAAACCCCCGCUAGCACGCUACUGGUCCAGCUCGGCCGGGAACGACAUCUGCGCCUCAAUCCGGUGCAUUCGAACUUCACGACGACGGAAGAGAUGGAUAGCACAAAUGGGAAAAGGUCACUCGAUGCCGAAAUGAAGCUGUUGCUUGACAGAAGACGAAAAAAUUCGAUGCUACGCAAUCUGACCUUGCCCAAACCUGGCCAGAUCGAUUUCUCAAGCAAUGACUUCCUCUCACUAUCGACCAACGUUGGAUUGAAGGAGUCAUUCCUUUCUGGGCUCCAAACCAUGCAAUUGCCGCUCGGUAGUGGUGGCUCGCGACUCUUGGACGGUAAUUCCAUCUAUGCCGAAACACUAGAACGCGACAUUGCCAGAUUCCAUGGUGCCGAGGCAGGGUUGCUGUGGAACAGCGGCUUCGAUGCAAACGCUGGCUUCUUUUCGUGUGUACCGCAGCCAGGCGACGUGAUCAUCUUCGACGAACUGGUUCACGCGAGUGUACACGAUGGAAUGCGACUCUCCAGAGCUGCACAAAUGGUACCUUUCGUACACAAUUCGGUGGCAGAUCUGCGGAGAGUGCUGCAAGAGGUAGCUGAGCUUCCCGGUGGAUGCAACGUCUUUGUUGCUGUUGAGUCAAUCUACAGUAUGGAUGGAGAUGUGGCACCCCUACGACAAAUCGUUGACAUCGUCGUCGAGACCCUAGGCAAUGAAAGAGGGUUCAUCGUCGUUGAUGAAGCACAUUCGACCGGAGUCUUAGGUUUCGAGGGAAGAGGUCUUGUAUGUGAGCUCGGCCUCGAAGAACAGAUUUUUGCACGACUACAUACUUUUGGUAAAGCAUUGGCCGGCAGUGGUGCUAUCCUCCUUGGCUCUCACACCCUUCGCCAUUACUUGAUCAACUACGCCCGUCCACUGAUAUAUACAACCUUCCUGUCCUAUCCAUCUCUGAUGCUUGUACGAUCUUCGUACGAACUGCUCUGGACUGGUGUCACCGUGUCUCUGCAGUCCCAUCUGCAUGACCUGACGGGAUUUCUUUUCAAAGCUAUGCAACAGCUACAGAUCACUUCAGCUGCCGCAAGGAAUCUACUGAGCAUACCCAGUGCUUGUCCACAGUCCCCGAUCUUUGCGGUGCAAUUGCGGCGCCCCAGAGAUCUUGCCAGCUAUCUUCAGGAGAAGGGCAUGAUGGUCAGAGCCGUCGUAGCGCCCACAAUUCCACAAGGAACAGAGAGGGUCAGGAUCUGCCUUCAUGCGGGUAACACAGUAAACGAGGUUGAAAGCCUAGUAGGGGCAUUACGGAUAUGGUGUGACGAGCGUUCAAGCGGGACGGACGGAGAGCAGCAUGGCCAAGAGCAAAACAGAGCUCGGCUUUAAUUCAACUGAUAUUCCGGGUAGUCUA